UAGCAGAAGGUGGCGGUAAUCCACAUGAAGAACCGAUAAGAAGCCAUGAAGACCGAAGGAAAAGGCGAAGGAGAGCAAACUAGAGGAGGCGCCGAGGCGGACUUUGAACAUCUGAGCUGGAACGAGGAAGCGGCAUCAGCGACAAAACGCCGGCAAUUAAAAACUAAACGCUGAUGUCAGAGAAGAGGAGAAGCUGCACACAUCCCGAGCAGUUUCUGGUGGUGGAAUGAAGGCAGGUUCCAUAACAUUUCCGUUCUUGAUUCUGUGAGUGUAUAUUUUUUCCCUGUCACGUCGGCGGAACCCGGCCUGUGGGAGCGGAUCGUCAUACGGCUGCCAUGUACCUCAGCAGUGCGGAGCUGUGGAUGACGUGGUGGGAGGGGGUCUCCAGACCGUCCAUGCUGUUCCUCUGCUCCGUCACUGGCGCGCUCUACUACUAUCUGUGGGGCCGCAGGUGUCAGCCACCAGCCCUGAUCUGCAGCCAGCCCUUCAGUGCCUUCCUCCGCAAGCACUGCCCUGUGGUCUCUGAGUGCUUCAGUCCCACUCCAUGGUGCUGGGAGGGCCGGCUUCAAACCCUCAUCUGUGUACUCCUCAAAACCAAACCGCCUGUGUCCUAUCGCAAUGAGUUGAUCCGUACGCUGGAUGGAGGUCAGAUCUCUCUGGACUGGGUGGACAAUCAGACCAGCACGACCUACCCAGAAUCCUCCACUCGGCCCACGGUGCUCCUCCUCCCGGGCCUGACGGGAAACAGCCAGCAGUCCUACGUCCGGCAUGCCGUCACUCAGGCCACACGCCACGGCUACAGAUGUGUGGUGUUCAACAACAGAGGAGUUUCAGGGGAGGAGUUGUUGACUCCAGUCACCUACUGUGCUGCAAACACCUCAGAUCUGGAGCGUGUGGUCCAGCAUGUGAAGAGACUUUACCCUCAUGCUCCUCUGCUCGGGGCUGGUGUGUCUUUAGGAGGCAUGAUCUUGUUGAACUACCUGGCCCGGAAGCGGGGGGAUUCGGGAAUGGUGGCAGGAAUCACCAUCUCUGUGGCCUGGGAUGCAAUCGUUUCCUCCAACUCUUUGGAAAAACCUCUCAACUGGCUGCUCUUCAACACAUACCUCACGUAUGGCCUGCGCCGCGCCGUCUCCAGGCACAGGAAGGUUUUAGAGAAGGUGGUGGAUGUCGACCACGUCUUGAAGGCGAGGACGAUCCGGGAGUUUGACGAGCGCCUCACCUCCGUGGUGUUCGGUUACAAGUCUUGUGUGGAUUAUUACCUUGAUGCCAGCCCAGGAAAGAAACUCCCCCAGACGGCAGUACCCAUCCUGUGUCUGAACGCAGCAGACGACCCGUUUUCUCCUAAGAACGCUUUUCCCGUCUCCGUCGUCCAGUCCCUGCCGAACGUCGCGCUGCUCGUGACGGCUCACGGCGGACACAUCGCCUUCCUGCAAGGAUUGUUUCCACGUGGUGAAACUUUCAUGGAGCGCCUGUUUGGCCAGUUUUUUCAUGCGGCUUUUGAGCACCCCAGAGACCUCCAGAGGGCAUGUGGCAUCCAAGAGAAACAGGAAAAAAGUAGCUAUGGAGAAAUGAAGACCUGAGAAAACUAAAAAACUUCAAUCUAGAUAAUUUCUUAACCCAGACAAUCAUUUACCCAAAAUAAAUAUAAAGCUAAAUUGUUACCAGGAUUUGCGAGGGGAAAGCAAAAAUGCCAACAAAAAACAUUCUGGUGGGGGUUCUCAAAUUCCCUGUAGCACCUUUCAGGAAUUUAAACAUUUUUUUAAAAAGUAUGUUUUUUUUCCCUAAAAUAGUCGCCUGAACUUGUUUUCCACUCAGAAAACACAUUACAAAUAUUUGAAGAUUAUGGUUUGAAAUCGCAUAGAAACAGGCCAUUUGUGUAAUUUAUUGUUUAUUUAUUAUGAUUCCAAGUGAAAAUUGCUGCUUAUUAGUUUAUUUUUUGUCACAGCGUUUGUAUUUUGCAGAAUGUUGCAGAAUCUAAAUUUAAUGAAGCCUCAGUCAGUUUGAAGGAGCCCAAAACCACCAUGUCUUCUCAUGAACAGCCCUAUGCUUUAAAAUGAUUACACACCUACCCUACAUGGAGUUCACACACACAGACGUCCAUGAAUGAAUGUCAGCAACAGCUGUAGUAACACCCCCAAGACACCAGAGGGCGCUGUAGCUGCAGAUGAAGCAUAAAAAAAUCGGUUAUUUUCUCUUUUUCUUUUAAAAUUUUUUAUGAUGUAACCAAAAAAUCACAAAAUAAUCAAAUUUACUCUCUCAAAAUGAGUAAAUAUGAAUGUAGAAAUCCACACAUGAAAUAAGCAUAAAGUGACAGAAAUCAAGCACCAGCAGAGCAGAGCUUUUGUCUAAAAACAGCUUGUUUGUUCUGCACACAGGAGAAGCAUAAAUAUCUCCUUCAUCUAACAAUCAAGUCUUUACCAAAUGCACAGAAAAAUAUUGAGAUACUUGUUAAAUUGUUUGGUAUUUGGCAGCUUUGCUGUUGUAGAACACAAGAUGGUAUAAAGAAUCUUUACCGAACAAGAAAACUCAGAGCACUGCAAGGCAAGCCUUUACAGUUAAAGUACUGAAGCUUACGCCAUUUAAAACUGUAGCUUAAAUGUAAAAGACUACAAAGAGAAUUUGCCAAAAUCUUUUGUAGUUUGUUUUAGCACAAAGUUUUAAUUGAUCUAAACUUGAUGAGUUUUGUUUAAAAUAUCUGUUUUGUAUCUUAUGAUCUGCCUGUUGUUUGCCUUUUUUUGAAGCUCAUAACAGAUGAAGAUGUGGAAAUAGAGGGAAAUGUUUUACCUUUCAUUUGCCUCUGAGGUUUCAUUGAAAUGUUCUGGUAGCUUUACUGAAGCUAAACUACCAGAACAUUUCAUUGAAAUGUUCUGGUAGUUUAGUUUCAGUAAAGCUAAAAGCUUCUCUUUAAUCUUUCAAAUUGAGUUUAAAAAGUCACUGAGUCAGUAAGAAAAUAAGAAAAGUGACACUAAAUAUAAAUGAAAAGAAAAUCCUAUUUGGUUCCUAUUGAAUGUAAAAAGCAUCUAUGGAUGUGUCAAGUUAGAGCUGCACAAAAACCCGUAGGAUUUUGUGUGGAAACUAACGUGUUUUCAAUUUAAAUCUUCUAAAAAUGGAGGCAAAUUGUGGCACAUUUGGGGUUCCAUACAGGAAAUAAGCUUGACUUUAAUUUCAACAAAGAAGGAUUUACCUUUGAAGAGCUCUUAUUUUAAUGCACUAAGUUUGGCAGUUCUUGUUAGAAUUAAACAGAUUAAGCACAUUUUUGUAAUUUAUGUUAUUUUUAGCUGAGACUAGCGUGCCACUGUUCAGUUUUGAGGUUACACCUGUAAAAUGAUGCUUGUUAAAACCCAUUUUACGCAAAUAUUUCAGACAAAUGUAUUUUACCUGUGACUGAUAGGGGUGCUAAAUGUCUCAAAAAUGAAUGUUUUCUUGAACCUAGCAGUGUUUUGUGAGGUAGUAACAUGCACUUUGACAUUUUCUGUUUUAAAAAGUUCUAUUGAAUAAACUGGUGUUAUCCCCUCCAUUA